UACCACUCUGAUCUCCCGCCAAGUUAUCCUAAUUUUCCAGGCAUUUACUGAUCAUGUCGCCAUUUUGAAUCCGUGAGAUCUAGAAGCAAAGUGAGAUUGAGAUCUAGUUCAUCUGGGAGAAAAUGGUGAUGGAGCUAGGUGAGAUGGGAAGCUUCAUCAAGGUAUGGCUCACAGUUUUCUUAUCUCUCUGCUACUGCUAUGCAUUACCUAAGUUCGUGCCAAAAGGAAUCCCAAGACUUUUGUGCAUACUUCCAAUUGUGUGCCUAUUUCUAGACCUCCCUCUUCACUUGACCUCCGUUCAUCUGGGAGGCACCACUGGUUUCUUCAUUGCUUGGCUUGCCAACUUCAAGCUCUUGCUCUUCGCUUUCGGAAAAGGCCCUUUGUCUUCCGACAAUUCAAUCUCUCUUGCCCGUUUCAUCGCCGUCGCUUGCUUGCCGAUCAAGAUCCAACAAGUUCAAAAACACCAAAAUGGCUCCAGCAAAGAAAAACCCAAAAAGGGCCAAAAAUCCCCGGUAAAUUACGCAACCAAGGGUCUACUUUUGGGUUUGUUGCUACGAGUAUAUGACUACAGUGAGCAUAUUCAUCCAAAGCUUCUAUGGGUCAUGUACUGCUUCCACAUAUAUUUCAUGUUAGAGAUCAUCCUAGUUGUAGUCGCAACCGUGGCUCGAGCUGUCAUGGGACUUGAGCUCGAGCCACAGUUCGACGAGCCAUACCUUGCCUCUUCACUCCAAGACUUUUGGGGCCGGAGGUGGAACAUCAUGGUCACCAGCAUUCUCCGCCCCUCCGUGUACGAGCCCGUCCUCAUGGCGGCGACGCGUCUAGUAGGGCGUAAGUGGGCCCCACUCCCGGCGGUUAUGGGGACUUUCGUCGUGUCGGCAAUCAUGCACGAGCUCAUAUUCUACUAUCUUGGGCGCAUGAGUCCAACAUGGCAAGUUACAUGGUUCUUUCUUCUCCACGGGGUGUGUUUGGUGGUUGAGAUCGCCAUCAAGAAGGCGGUUUCUUCACGAAGGUUCCAGUUGCCUAGGGUUAUAUCGGGGCCGUUGACGGUGGUGUUCGUGAUGGCCACCGUGUUCUGGCUCUUCUUGCCUGCGCUGCUCCGGUGUAAGGCGGAUGUGAGGGCGUUUGAGGAGUACGCGGCUGUCGGUACAUUUGUGAAGAAUGUAGGUCGUGUUUUCAUGUCUAAACGUGUUUUCAUAGCUUAGAUAUCGACAUUGUUGGUGAAAUUUAGUAGCAAAGAAAACAUGCACACACGAGAGUUUACCUAACGAGCUGGCUCACCUACAUGUCUCAUUCUUAAUCUGAUUUCGUUUUGUCCAAAUCUUCAAAUGCCAUGGCUUCUCAAUUU